CCGGCCAUGUCGGCAGCGGCGGUUCCGCCCGCCCGGCCAACAUGGCCCUGACGGCCGAGACCGAGUCCCGCCUGUACCGCUCGCUGCGCGUGGCCUCGGGCGCCGCCGCGCACCUCGUGGCGCUGGGAUUCCCCGCCGCCGUGGCCGUGCUGGCGCGGCCCGGAUCCAGUCUCUUCUCCUGGCACCCGCUGCUCAUGGCCCUCGCGUUCUCGUUCCUGAUGACGGAAGCGCUGCUGAUCUUCUCCCCGGAGACCUCGCUGCUGCGCUCCUUCUCCCGCAAGGUCCGGGUGCGGGUGCACUGGGCCCUGCAGCUGCUCGCCCUGCUCUGCGCGCUCCUGGGGCUGGCAAUCAUUACCUACAACAAGCACCUGAACGGCAAGGGCCACUUUGUCACCUGGCACGGCCUGACAGGGCUGCUGGCUGUGCUGUACGCCGGCGGGCAGUGCGCCGGGGGCGUGCUCCUGCUCUACCCCAAGCUGAUGAAGAACUGGACUCUGGCCAAGCUGAAGCUGUACCACGCGACCUCAGGGCUGGUGGGCUACCUGCUUGGCUGUGCCAGCCUGAUGCUGGGCAUGUGCUCCCUCUGGUUCACCACCACGGUGACCGGUGUCUCGUGGUACCUCGCCAUGCUGUGUCCUCUCGUCACCAGCCUGGUUAUCAUGAACCAGGUGAGCAAUGCGUACCUGUACCGCAAGCGCAGCCAGCACUGAGGGCUUGCUGCUGACCUGAACUUCCCAGAGUGAGCUGGGCCUCCCCUUGGAGAGAGCUGGCAGCCCCCCUGCUCGCACAGGGUCUCCUUGGAACUUGGUUUCUACCUACUCGUCUUUCCUUAGUCCUGGAUUGUCCGUAGUGUCUUGUCCCUGGGGAGCAGCCGCUCUAGAUGUGUGACACCUCAGCCCUGCCUCGGUGGGGAUGUUCCCUGACACAGGUAAAGCUGCCAGUCCCUGUGGCAGCUUGGUGCUCAGUGCUGGGAAAUGGAGGGCUCACUCAGGAUUCCUGCUUUGUUUCCCUUCCCACGCAGGGCUGCUUUGGAGCAGGCAGGGCAGGAGCCAUCCUGGUGAGGAGGGCAGGGAGUCCCUUCUCUCCUGGGGGCUGCAGCAGGCACCACGCUGCCUCUCCUGCCACGGGGGCAGCUUGACAGCAAAGCACAGGGCACGGUUGUGGCUUCAGCCUGGCAGAGCUGGGGCAGGGUGGUGGCACCCCAGCAACGGUACAGCAGCAGGUGUGUCCCCAUGGCACGGGCAGCUCUGCCCCAAGGGCCUGGGUCUGGACACCCACUGCCACGCACAAAUCCCUCCUCCGUGGGCUGGGCUCGGCCUGCCGGGGUGGGGUCAGUUUACAGAGCAAAUUACUGAGCCGGGCUGUGAACGUGCAGCCAGCAAGGCAUAGGGAACAGUGUGAGCACGGGGGGAGGCACAGACCUGGGCGAUGAACCCUGGGGAAGGCAGGAAGAAACCUCCUUGCUGGCACAGCAGCCUUCCUUCCAGCACGUAUCCUGCUCCCAGCAGAGCUGGAGAGCUGGGAGCGGCUCCCAGGCUGAAAAAUUCCUCUGUAUCCAGAGCUUUUAUUCAAUAAAAAUUUCAGGCAGCUAGA